AUGAAGUUUGGCGAGACCCUCUUCCAGAGGUCCGUACCAAAAUGGGCUGCCUACAACGUCAAUUAUAAUGAAAUCAAAAAUCUCAUCAAAGAGAGGACCUCUGCCGGGGUCGCCGUUCCCCGCGAUAUCCCAGCCCAAGGAAAGUCGCGGUGGGAAGAGUUGGAGAAUCAACUGUUCAAGCUGCUGUCCGCAGAAUACGACAAUGUCACCCUCUUCCUGCGAAGCAAGCAGGGCGAAAUCGAGCGACGUCUUGCCCACGUUGAAAAGCAGGUUGGCAUAGCACGACGCGCCGUGCAAGGCAAUGCACUGGACAAACCUAUACUACAAGCACGCAGAUAUCGGCAGCUCGUGAAGGACAUUGAAGAAAUCGGCGAUGAGAUACAAAACCUUGCCCGCUUCGCUGCCGUCCAGCGAACCGCUUUCCGGAAGAUCUUGAAGAAAUAUCGCAAAUGGACUGGCUCGACCUCGCUACAAACCCGAUUGGAAGUUGAGGUCUUCUCUUCCGGCAAACUGCGAACAGACUUUUCGGACUAUCUACGACAAUUGUCAGAGGUCAAGACCAUCCUAACCCAGGAGCUUGCCGGCCCCAUGCUGACUGGUCGGUCUCGAGAAAAUCUCCCCAAUAGACUGCAGCAGGAACAAACUUCCACAAGGGCAAAGAAGUCGGCCAUUGCUCAAAUCGAGGGUGCUCUUCUCUGUGAUCCUCUUGCUUUUGAUGCAGCCGUUCUAACAGAGCCCUAUGGUGAGGCCGCUGGCAGCGCGUUCUAUUGGAUCCAUCCUGAUAAUCUGGACGAAGCCCGUAUGCUACUGCUCAGGCACAUGCGCGAUCCUGCUGGGUCACGCCCCCAUUCAAGAAGAACUUCCACCGCUUCUGAGGACGUGCGGAGAAAGGUUGCUUCCUUGUCUAAUGCCAACUCGGCUCUCAGCCAUAUGGCCCUAUACGACAAUGCGCAAAGAUUCAUCAAAGAUGCCAGCCACUCAAAGCCGGCGCGGAUCGCCUUGAGUGCAAGUUGGAGCCGCGACCCUGAAGCCGUCGUCACCCUCGCUGGUCUUUCGCCUACUUCUUCUGAUGGGACAACUGUCAUUUUCAGUCGUAAAGAGCUGGCCAGAGCACUACAGCGUGACUCGGCGGCUUCCGGGAUUUCAAACGAGGCCUGCACUGUUCGAAACUAUCUGAUUGAGCAUAGGGACAUUAAACCACUCGCCGAAGUCUCCCUGCAUCGCUCCCGCUACGUUGGGAUGACCAACACGGCCGAGGUUGCAAAUUGGGCAAUGCUAGAUACCGCCGUGACAGUUGCUCCUGUCGAUAUUUCCCAACUGGGUGAACCGCAGCCUCAGUCCCACAUUGGUUAUGCCUUUCCCUAUGCCGUUCUACACAUACGCUGGGAGUUCGCGCGGACACCAGCCGUUGUUCGGGCGUUCGAUGAGUCGCAUUUGGUGGAGCGAGUUUUCGACUUUACCCUCGAAGACAUGGCGAUUUAUACCGUCCAAAAAGAACUUCCCCAACCGUCAUGGCGUCCUCUUCUCGAAAAAGACAUCAGGAAAGUACCAAUCGUUCCUCGCAUAUCGCGACCGGGAAUAUUGGCACGGACCAGGCUAAGUGCAUCGGACGUUGUUGGUUCGUCCUCGGGUCCGUCGUCCAGCGAUGGCCCUCCGGAUAGUAUCUUCUCAGGUUUGGCUGGUGGCCCGUCUUCUGUGACGUCGGACGACGGUGGUCGCAAUCGUGGACCUUCCGCUACCGCACAGCCAAAGCCUGAAACGAUCAAGGGUCGACGAAAGAAGCACGCACGGAUCCAAGUCCCGGAACGUGAACCUCCCACCAAGUACUGGAACGAAUUCGAUGACGGAGACUCAGAUGUGAAUCCAGGCGAUGAGUAUGUCAUCUACAUUGAUCCAAAUGGGCCUGUAUUUCCCGGUGCCGAGACCGUUUCCAAGGCAUUUGGUGCUGUGUGCGAUAGUUUUAGCAGAGGCACCGGAAAAAUGAUUUCCUGGCUACCACUUGUCUCAACGCGCAUGGGAUAUAGGACUGACGGCGAACGUGCACCACUUCUCGCUGACCGGCAAAGUAGUGAGGGUGAUCCCGAGUCCUCGAGCUCCGAUACUGACUCUGUGAUCAUGCCGCAGCGGCAACGGCCUCACAAAGGUCGACGACGAAGGGAUCGUUCCCAAAGACAGAAUUCCGGCGUCUACCGGCCCCACCAGCUGCUUAGCCCUCGACAACGAGCCCUCGAACGGACACUGUUCUUUUUCUACAGCGGGUUGCUGGCCAUUGCCUAUGUCCUCCUGGUCAUGUCAGGCAUACUUCUGGCGACGGGCCGUAGAAAGGCAUUUGUCGAAGUUGAUGCUGGCGUGGUCGCGGGUGUCAUCUUCGCCGAGGCAUGUGUCAUGGCAGCUGUGAUCCUGAUCUUCAUGAGGAAGCAGAGAUUGGGUAUCUUACAUUGGGGGCUUGUCGCAGUCGCAGUUGCGAGUGUGGUGGUGAUUGGCGUUGGCUUGCUCGCCUUGAUGUUUGCCAAUAUCAAGACCGCCAAGGAGAAGAACGGCCACUCCAAACCUGCACACGGAUGA